AUGACAAAGUACUUGACCGACAAUGAAGUUAUAGGCAAUGCCUGGUUUCUGACUGUUGGAGGCUAUGGAGUGACAAACAGUCAUCAUUAUAUCAACAACAAAAAUCGUCACACAGGCAUCACUCUCCGAGCCGGAGAAACCAUAGAGUUUGGUAUCUAUGCGAUGCAUAUGAACGCCGACUACUAUCCAAACCCCGAACAGUUCAAUGUCGACCGUUUUCUACCGGAAAACCGUAACCAACUGACACCCUAUGCUCUCUUACCGUUAGGUUUGGGUCCGCGACAGUGUAUUGCCAAACGGUUUGCGCAAAUGCUCGUCAAACUAACACUCGCGACACUUGUAUUGAAAUACCGAUUCAAUACAUGUGAACAAACAGAUAUACCAACCAAAGUACAUAUAAGUAGUUUUUAA